AUGGCAGAUUUCCAUAAUAUUGGCCGUGGCUUCUGCGGUACCGUGUGGUCCACGGCAUCGCCCGGCCCAGCCUUCAAACGUGAAGAUGGCGGACCUCAGCGGUCUCUGGCUAACGACUUCACCAUGCACAAAAGGCUUCUUGAAGCGUUUGUGACAGCCAAGCAAAACGGAAUCCACAUCCGAGUCAAAAUUCCGCAAUGCGACACGUUCAUCACCCCCGACCAGCACGAUUGGUGGAGGGAGAACCUACCCCGAUUCCCAGAGGGAUACACGCCCUGCAACAUGAUUCAGGCGCAACGCAUUCCCCCAUUCAAAGAACCGACCAGGCGACUCCUCGUGGAAAAGUUCUGUCCAGACGAGAUCCAAAAAGAAAUCGUAUCCAGCAGACCCAACGAGGCCUGUCUUGUUCGUGCAUAUCUGGGCCGUCGACGAACCCAAACCACGCGGCGCUUAUUGCGUACAUUUUCCCUCCGGAAUUAUCCUCUUCAUCUGGACCAAAUGGAAGAGUUACAAAUUCCCUCGACUGAUAUACAAGAAUAUGCCUUGAUCAUGGCCCAAACCUUAGCCAUCAUACACUGGGUGGGAGAGGUUGACGGUAAUGACAUUGAGUUCGUCCUAGCACCACCAGCAAAGGACAGUGAAGAAGAUGAGGGUAGAGAUACUAGGAGUAAUGAUGAUACGAUUAUCUCAAAUAUCCUCGGUGAGCAUUGCAUGUGGAUCCUCGACUUUGAUGUCUGCAGGUCAAUGUCUAUGGAUGAGAAGGGUGUGCACCAGGCCGUAACAGCGUUUUCAAGGAAUGAUCCUUUUUUUCCUCGACCGCAAAAGGAGCCUUCCUUAUGGCAUACAUUUCGAGAAGAGUAUUUGCAGACGAGUGAAAGGUUGUUGAGCUCACAGGAACUUUACCUGCUACCAAAGCUCUUCAUUACUUUAAUUGAAGAGAGUGAAUCAAGACCUUUAUAA